UUCGGACAAGAAGUGACAGAGAGACAAAGUGGCGACUUUAUGCUCCCCUCAUCCCCCACUCCACCACCCCCUUUGGGGAACAUAAUAAAAUAUGUCGCACUUUGCCGCAAAUUUGGCCACAUGGCCGCAGAAUAAGGAUGUCCCGGAUCGAAGCCAUGUUGCAAAUCAUAUAAGCUGUUGUUACUUUCCAAUAGAAGUAUUUUACAACAUAUAUGUUACAACAGAUACAAGUCAGAGAAAUUGGUCUGUAGAUAAUGGCAUCAUGUUUAUCUCCCAUUUUAAAAACAGGGCACACAUUUGAAUGUUUCCAGUCUAGUGGGAUUUUGCCUUCUGCAAGAGGCUUAUUAAAAAUUAUAUUUCAGGAGAAAUUCAGGAGAUUGUGAUAAAAGAAGAGAAUGACGAUGAUGUACAUGUGUGUAGGAAGUGUAACAUGGUGUUUUACAACAUACAGAAAUACCUCGAACAUAAAGUUAAACACGAUAAUUACAAGGUGAAGUACUUGAAGUCAGAUGUGGACAGAAGGAUGAUAAUGCCCACAUUGAUUCAGAGACAGACACGAAUAAAGAAAGAAAAAGUUUUAUCUCGGGAUACAGAGCAAGGCGAGGAGAAAGAAAAUGAUCAACAGAGAAAGACAGGUAAGCGAGGGAGACGUAAACUGACUGAGGUUCACAAUCAGGAUCUUGUCAUUACAGAAAAACCAGUGUAUGUCUGCUCCAAAUGUGACAGAAAAUUCAACAGAGAAGCAUCACUGAAACGUCACCUAGAGUAUGACCACAAGGAAGAUAGUGAUGAUGAUGAUAUAGGUGAUGAUGAUGAUGAUUUCCAGGAUGAUGAUGAGGACCAGGAAUACAAGCCUAACAUGGAUACAAUCAGGGAGGAGAUAGUGGAGGAUGAGGAGGCGGAGCAAGAGAUGCAGCAGGAGGCCCCUCCCGAGAUGGACAGCCUCGACCAGGUGAUCAUGGCAGCAGCACUGGUAGAGAAAGCCGAAGCUAGUGGUCAGGUACAGGGCUUGGGUCAGAUACCAGUCAUUGUACAGGAUGCCUCAAGAGCUGAGGGGAAAGAAGAAGUGGUUGUCAUAGCAGCAAGAGGUGGUGGUACAGAGUUAAGACUUGCCCCAAAGCCAGACAACCAAACUCCGCCAGCAAAAAGACAAAAAGUAGCAGAAGAUGACAAAGCCGGUCGGAGAUUUAUGUGCAAUAUCUGUGAGAAUAAAUUUAAAGAGCUUGCAGUAUUAAAAGCACACAUGUUGACACAUACAAACAAGCGACAGUAUGCCUGUAAGAUUGAGGGCUGUACAUACGCCUUCAAAACAAAGGGAUCUUUGAAGAGGCAUAUGAGGAGACAUACAGGAGAACGUCCAUAUCCAUGUGAACUGUGUGGUCGAAAUUUCACAGAAUCAGGUGCUCUGACAAGACAUCUCAAGUCAAGAACACCAUGUACGUCAAAGUCGGAUGAUGAUUUACCAAGAUACCGGAAGAAGUGGGCUGUAGGCACCAACGUUCCAGCUUCAGUGGCAGCUAUGGUCAACAAACAGAGUGAGGAGAACCAGUCACUACCACAAGUAGACCAAGACAAUUUGGUUUCUGUGAUCAAUAUACAGCAGUUAGAUGAAGAAGAAGGUCAGGUUGAUGAACAGUUAUCUAAUAUUCACGCUGUAACUGAUGUACUUGAUGGUUCUGUACAAAAUGAUGAAGAUAGACAGCUGUUUGACAGUACAAGUGAUGGGGUUGAAGUUGUAAUAGCAGAUGGUGUAGAAACUAUUAUAGAAGACGAGAAUAUACAGCAGUUUGUUCAUUCAGAGACAGUCAGUCAGUCCACUGCUAAUAUAUGUAAGGUGUGCAAUGAAGAGUAUUUGUCCUUGGAAGCCUUGAAGAUUCACCUGCGUACACAUUUAGCAGAAGACACAUGUAAAUGUCAGCUGUGCCAUUACAUUACUGACAACAAGGAGGACUUCGAGAAUCACAUGUUUCUACACCAUCAUGUUCAGAUCAGGGGCAGCGAUCCUCUGACAGAUUUAGGAUCAACAAGGGCUGAGAAACAUGAGGCAAAUAAAGAUGGAAAUAACUUCAUCAGUGAGGCUAAGACAGCGCUGAAACAACUAAUGGAACUACCUCAAGAUUAUGCAGACACUGAAGCUGACAGAAAUAUAUCUGGUACUGUGUACAAAUGUCCUGUGUGUAACAAACAUUUCAGGGGAAGUAACUACCUCAAACUACAUAUGAGAAAUCAUACAGGUUUACGUCCACAUAAGUGUUCAAAAUGUGACCGGUCAUUUAUCACGAGAGAUACCUUGAAGAAACAUAUGGCAACACACAUAGAAGAUCGGAAUUUCAAGUGUGGGGAGUGUGGUAAACUUUUCAAGCGCCUUUCACAUGUGCGAGAGCAUAUCAAGAUUCACUCUGGAAUACGACCUUUUCCUUGUAACUUCUGUGAAAAAUCAUUUAAAACUAAUAAUGCAAUGAAAGUUCAUCUACGUACCCACUCAGAUAUCCUUCCCUACGAAUGCACAUUCUGCCAUCGUCGGUUCCGAGAGAAGGGCUCUGUGGUUCGUCACAUGCGGAUGCACACAGGGGAGAAACCUUACGAGUGUCAGUUCUGUGGUCGUCGCUUUGCUGAACAUGGUACUCUGAACAGACAUCUUAAAGCUAAAGUGUCGUGUAAGAAGCAGAUGGUGAUGAUGAAAGACUACGAGGAUGAGGAUGACACAGAUUACACAGUCCUCGCAGAGUUUUCAUCCGUUGUUGCAGAUACACAGCAGUAUAUUGUACCAGAGGGCGAGUCUGUAGAUGAUGUCAGUAAGGAAGGGGAAGUAACUCAGGCAGAUGUGGAAUCACAGCAGACAGCAGAGAUUGUUGUUGUACAGACAGGUGAGAUGGAAGAUCAGGUACAGAAUGUAGAGAUAGAGAAUGUUGAAGUUGUAGCGGGUGAUGGCAGUGAGACCUCAGUGGUAGAGGCGGUACAAGUCACUGAUGAUUACCUCGUUAUAACAGACGAGGAGACCGGAGUGAUGAGAGUGUUAGAUAGAACUACAGGUGAGACUGUGGCCAUUGUUCCUAUGGCAAACAUGGAGAAUUCAGACAGUCAGGUGCAGACAAUCACCAUGUCAGAGGAGGGUGAAGUUUCUACCGUUACCAUGGUACCUGAUGCUAAUGGGGAUGUAGGGGAGAUGGUCACUAUCGCCCAGCUGAUAGAGGGUGGGGAAGUGCUUACACAGGACAUAGAAACAGAAGAUGGUAUCACCACACACAUUAUACAGGCUGUGGAUCAGUGUGACGGGGAACAAAUUGUUACACAAGUGGACGGUAACAUUGUAGAAACUGUGGAUGAUGAUCAAAGUGAACUGAUUGAAAAUGAUACUUUAGAAACAGAAGAUUCCUAGCAGGAGAAAGUUUCCAGUUGUUGUUUAUCUGUUUAUAACUUAUCACUUGUUGUUGAUCAUUGUUAUGUGUUACAUGAAGUUGAGAGUUUACGUUCUCAGAUUCUCAUUGUUAAUGUAUUUAAUGUUAUUUCAGGUUCCAUAUGGCAUUAUCAAUUGCUCAGUACUUUCAGUUUAGUUAACACAGUUUUAUGCAGGAGAAAUAAAAGAUUUAAAGUCAA